AGAUUCAUUGUGAAUAUUUUUACAAUAUUAAAAUAUAGGUGCAUUCUGCACUGUGUGGUUAUUCAGUGUUAGAAUAUGCCCCUUUGAGUUUAUUGUUUAGUACUGUCUUUGACAUCUUACACUUAAACAGAACACUUCUUUCCUGAAUCUCCAAAUGAUUUACAAAUAUUGGCUAAACUGCACAAUCCCCCUGUCAAGUAAAAGGAUAUGUCAUAAUAAAUCUAGUAAAUCUAAAUUCAGCAUAGUUAACUAUAAAGAUAGUUCUGAGAUGUGAUAGAUAUAAUUUUAAUAGAACAUGUUCCUUUGACAUAAUGAUUAACAAGCUGGUACAACUGAUCUCUUCCAGGGUACACUUGAAGGUUAAGUAGCUACAGAUCUCAACUAAUCCAGUGUAAUCUGCUAUUACUAAAUGGAUGUCUACAUUCACAUAGAUAGCACAAAGCACUUGAGUGCCUGGGAAUAAAAGUUUUUAGAUUUUGUUCAUAUCAAUUUUGUUGAAAGAAAGCCAUGUAUUUGUUUGUUUGUUUGUGCAUCAUGAUUAGCUUUUUUGAUGAAGUAAACGGUUUCUGUCCUUCACAAUGCACUUGCAUUUACCACGGCAGAAGUGAUGGCACCGGAACAAGAUCGGUGCUGUGUAAUGACCCUGACAUGUCUGAAAUCCCUGUGAAUGUUCCUGUGGACACAGUAAAACUUCGUGUAGAAAAAACUGUUAUACGUAGGAUUCCUACUGAAGCUUUUUACUACUUGGUAGACCUUAAAUACCUGUGGGUGACCUACAACUGUGUGGCUAACAUUGAUACCAGCAGCUUUUAUAAUUUGAAGCAGCUGCAUGAAUUGCGUCUGGAUGGGAAUUUGCUGUCGAGCUUCCCUUGGGAAUCUCUUGUGGAGAUGCCCAACUUACGAACCCUUGAUUUGCAUAAUAACAAAUUGACCAGCAUUCCAGCUGAGGCUGGUAGAUACCUGAGAAAUCUCACCUACCUGGACAUAUCCAGCAACAAACUAACCACCUUACCAUCAGACCUAAUGGAUAUUUGGCCCCCCUUCUCAGAAGCAACACCGUCCAAGAACACUGAUCAAGCAACACAGAGAAUCAUAUUGGGUUUGCAGGACAACCCAUGGUUUUGUGACUGUCGGAUUUCAAAGCUAAUUGAAUUUUCCAAAAUAGUGGACACCUCUGUUAUACUUCUAGAUCCUCUUGUGGCUUGUAGUGGACCUGAGAGCCUGGCAGGUAUCUUGUUCCAGAGAGCAGAGCUGGAGCAAUGUCUUAAACCAUCAGUGAUGACUUCAGCAACAAAAAUCACAUCACCUCUGGGAAGUAAUGUAUUGCUACGCUGUGAUGCCACUGGAUAUCCAACCCCACAGCUUACCUGGAUCAGGUCAGACAAUUUACCGGUGAACUAUACAGUAAUUCAAGAAACUCCAGGAGAGGGUGUCAGAUGGUCCAUAAUAAGUUUGACGGGGAUUUCAUACAAAGAUGCAGGGGACUACAGAUGUAAGGCCAAAAAUUUGGCAGGAAUGUCUGAAGCUGCUGUUACAGUCACUGUAGUUGGUGUUGUCACUACAACUGUGUCACCACAAAAAUAUGGGAAGAAAAUUGGAGCAGACCAACAAAAUAACACACAGGAUGAAGCCAAGCAAGAAUCUGAAAAGACCACCACACCUCCACCCUUAACAUCCCUACCCACAACAAUGGCUACCACUGAAAGACCAACAAGUGCCAAGAUCACAGACAAAAAACAAUCCAAGCCCAUGCCUGAUGGAAAAAAAAGUUCAAAGGGAGUAACAAAUGGAAACAAAAAACAGCCUGAAGAAACAAGCAAAAAAGAUGAGGUGACUUCAUUGAAUGCAGCAGCACUGCCUGAACAGAACGUCACCAUAAAGAACCUAAGAGUUAUUAGUGAAUCUGAUGAAAGAGUUACCUUAACUUGGAAAACCAUCAAUGUCACAAGCAGCUCUGCGGUGACUGUGUUGUACUCAAAAUAUGGUGAAAAAGAUAUGUUGCCUCUGAGUACAGAUCCCAGCAAAAACAAAGUCACAAUAGAUGGUUUGCAGCCCAGUACACAAUAUAUGGCAUGUGUCUGUCCCAAAGGAGUUCCGCCUACAAAAGAUCAAUGCAUUAUUUUCUCCACUGAUGGAAUAAAUGAUGAGAGCAGUUCUCAAGUUUCUGUUUUAGUCCUGGCUAGCAGUGCAGCAUGUGUGAUUGUUUUACCUUUAAUAUUUUUCUUACUCUAUAAAGUUUUAAAACUUCAAAGGAAACCAAAAUCUGCUAAGGAAGCUGACCUUGCCAAAGAAACCUAUGUCAAAUUUGAAACACUUUCCCUUAAGCCCCGGUCAGUGGGCACAGGAGGAGAACUCUGGACUCGAAGAAACACUGAUGAUUCAGAGAGACUUUUGCUUUGUUCUCGGUCAAGCAUGGAUUCUCAGAUGACGUUCAAAAGCGAGGGCUCCAGGUCUGAGUACUUUUGUUGAGUGUUGUAGACAGACAAUGUGAAAUAUGUGAAGGGUAAAACUAAUUCCAAACUGCAGUCUUGUAUCUGAAAGGAAGUCAGUGCCAGUUAUGCAACACCACUAUCAGAUAGAGCAUCUAACUACAACUCGGACUAUUUUGGUGGGAGGGGAGAAGGGAAAAUGAGGCCUGUAUUUGAUUUUGUUUUUUGUCUUUUUUACAUCCUGUCGUAUGUCCUACGACUUCUGGUAUGAGAUAGUGAUGUUCCUUGGAGAGUAAAUAGAGCAUAAAAUUAC